AUGAUCUUCACCUCCAGAUAUAACAUUCCCAUUCCUGAGGUCGACCUCCUCACCUACAUAUUCGACUUGUCAUCCGAGGAGUCCCAACAAGCUUCGUCAGACAAGCCUGUCUACAUUGAAGCUUAUGACCCGACUCAGCAACUCAAUAAACUACAGCUCAAGCAUAUGGUAAAAUCUAUAGCUGCUGGAUUACGACACAAGUUCAAGAUACGAGACGGCGAUGUUGUCUUGGGCUUUUGUGAGAAUUCUAUCCUCUACCCAGCGGUAAUCAUUGCCUCAAUCGCCGCUGGAGGUGUCUUCACUGGAGCUAAUCCGACAUACACAUACUCUGAAUUGGUCAAUCAACUCAAAGUCUCCGGCGCCAAAUGCAUCGUCACCGACAGCCCUCGCCUUGAGAUGGCCAAGAAAGCUGCAAAAGCCGCAGGCUUAGCACCCAAUUCCCUGGUUCUCAUUGACUCUAAGGAUAGAAGCUCAGUCGAUGGGGUUUCAUCCUUCCAAAGUCUUUUGGGUCACGGGACUUACUCUUGGGAGAGGAUUUCAGACCCCAAAGUUCUGGCUAAUAAGUAUGAUGCCGACAGAGCUCUCUCGAAGUCAACGGGCACUGACAUCUCCCUUAGGCUAGCAGUCCUCAACUUCAGCAGUGGCACGACCGGCCUCCCGAAAGCGUGUGAGAUCACCCAUCGCAACUUGGUCGCCAACGCAGAGCAGAACCUACAUCUUGACCGUGUGGCGAGGGAGCGAAAGAAUGACCCAACCUUUGCAGCCAACGAUGUCCACUGCGCCUUUCUCCCAUUUUACCAUGCCAUGGGCCUGAUCACCUUCUGCAUCUUGAACGUAAAGCGAUGCUGCACAACUGUCGUAAUGCCCAAGUUUGAUCUGAAGUCAUUCCUCAGCACGAUCCAGAAGUUCAAAGUAACAUACCUAAUCUUCGCACCCCCGGUGGUAUCCAUGCUCGUCAAGAGUCCUCUUGUUUCUCAGUACGAUCUCUCUAGUGUCAAGUUCCUUGUGUGUGGAGCAGCACCACUGCAAGCUGAUGUCGAAAAGCGACUCGAGGCACUCUUCAGCAAAACUGGCGCUCGCAGCCGUCAGGGAUGGGGUAUGAGUGAGGCUACCAUGUCGAUUUCGAUCUUUGGACCUGAUGAGUUUGAUCCCUCUCAUGGAAGCGUUGGAUACCUGGUGGCCAAUAUGCAGCUCCAGAUUAUCGAUGAGAACGGCAAGACUGUUGGAUAUGAUGAGGAGGGUGAGGCUAUACUUGCCGGACCCAAUGUGUUCAAGGGUUACUACAACAAUCCUGCUGCUACCAAGGAGACUUUCACUGAUGAUGGCUGGCUCAAGACUGGGGACAUUGUCAAGGUUGAUAAGACUGGGCUGAUUACCAUCGUUGAUCGCAAAAAGGAACUCAUCAAAGUCAAGGGAUUCCAAGUCGCACCAUCUGAACUAGAAGGGCAUCUUUUGGAACACGAGGGUGUCCAAGACUGCGCAGUCAUUCGAGUUCUACGAGAUGGGCAUGAACACCCUCAGGCUCACAUCGUGCGAAAGAAGCCAGACGCGACAGCCGAGUCCAUCCUGUCAUUCAUGGACAAGCGCCUAUCGCCCAUCAAACGAAUCACGGGCGGCAUUGUAUUCACCGACGCCAUUCCAAAAUCCCCGUCUGGCAAGAUUCUUCGACGAUUGAUCAAGGAUGGCUUUGCUAGCAAGGACCCUAGUCCUCGUCUAUGA